UCCUUAGUCUGUUCCAGGCCAAGCCCCCAACAUCUGGCUCCAGGAUCCGGUUUCUAGGAAAUUCACACUGAAAGGGUAAGGGAAUGGGGUAUUAUUUUAAAGGUAGAUAACAUAAAGUGAAAGUGAAAGUUACAUGAUGUUUCUGAGCUGCCGUCGCAGCGUAAGACUGGCGGGGACGGCCCUGUGCAAUGCUCAUAUGAAAUCCUCCUUUAAAAAGAUCUGUUUCAAAAGGGGAACGAAGCGAGGAGCCCCGAGGAUGGAAGCACUCCGUGCUGGGAUUGGAAGAAGAAGCUGAGCUGUCCCUGUCGAUUGCCCUCCACAUGGCUUGGAUCAAGCAGUUGUUCCUGCUGUGGUCAAUAUUUCGGGCUGUCCUUGCCUUUAAAGGAAACUGCAGCAAGCCCGACUUUAAAGUUAAAAACAUAGAUCUAAGCGAUAUAAUGGACGCACAUUUUGAAGUUGGUCACAGACUCCGAUUGAAGUGCCAAAGCGGUUAUAAGAGAAAGGCAGGAACAUCAAAUCUCAUCAGAUGUCAGAACAACUCUAAACAAGUCAAGUGGUCAGAACCAAACCUCGAGUGUAUAACGACACCUGUAGAGGCAACAUCUGUAUACCCAGCAAUAUCGGCAGCUACGCCAGGAUCACUUUCUGACCACUACACUGCAUCAACCAUGGACAUUAAAACCACCUCAGCUCUAGCAAGCUAUUUAUCUCCAGCAUUGACAACAUUAACUGCACCGAUAGAGUCAGCAACAGUGACUGCUCCAACGAAGUCAGCUUCAGGCUGUAAUCAAACGUCUUCCAGCUCUCCAAUCAUUGCAGACACCACAGGACUGGGACUCUUAGCUACAGCAUGGACAGCAGUAAGGCCUUCAGUUCCAAGUUCCUCGAUGACUGAAACAGAAUUUCCAGCAGCAGUACUCCCUGACAGCACUCAGAAAGCAACAGCUGAAACAACAGUCACUUACAGUACUGAUGGGACCACAGGAACGGAACCAAUAACAACCAAGACAGCACUGGCAGAAAGGACAGUAAAUCCCGCUACAGCAUCAGAAACAGCUUCUGACGUUACUGGCUCUAUUGGCACCACAGAAUUCAAUCAAACAGCAACUGCUGACAGAAACAUUGGACUAAUUGUCGGUACCAGUGCAAGCAUCCUGUUUAUCAGUGCAGUGUGUACAUUAUUCUUACUUUGGAUAUUUGCUUACAAAAAGAAGAUUGGCUGCAUAAGAUCACAAGAAUACGAUGCCACACCAGUGUUACCGAUCGAGGUACAAACAGUGACAUGUGCCCAUGAAGCUGUGCCUUUACAGCAGGAAACGGAAAGGUGA